GUGCGCUCCAGCCCCGGUGCCAAGCCGGGCAUUCCGCUCCGCUUGCCUUCCUCUCCACUGCACCAGCUGGGCGUGCUGCAGGCAGAAGACUCGCGAUCCCCCCCGCCGGGAGGGGCCGGUCCGCCCGGUCCCUCUUUCUGCCCACCCCCGCUCCUUGUUUUCUGGGACGCAGCGGCAGCUCCGCGGGCCAGGCCAGGCGGCAGCCGCAGCUCCGACCUAGGCGCAGCGGACGAAGGAUGCUCCGCGCUGCCGGGCGCCUGAGGCAGCCACCGGCGGGGCUGGGCGGCCCCCGGGUGCCGGCGGCGUCCUGGUAGGAGGUGGGACCCCGGGCGGGAUGCCAGCAGGGCCGGGUGCGCAGAGCCAGCGCCGCGCUACUUUCUGCGACAGCCGCCCGGAGCUCCUGAAUUAUUGAGCGGCGCGCCGGACGCCUCUUGGCGUUGCGCUCCUGGUCCGGCGGCGGCGGCGGCGGCGAGGGAGGAAGAGGAGGAGAAGGAGGAGGAGAGCGACCCCGAUGGCUCAGGAGCGCGGCCGAAGGUCCCCCCGCCGCCAGCGGAGGAUGGCCCAGCUGUGAAGGGAUCGCGCCCCCCGCCAGGCACGGGCAGGGGCCCCUCCUCGCAGCCCCAGCAUGGCCCUGAUCGUGCGCCUGAAGACCGUCACCCACCUGCGAGGCAAAGGCGACCGCAUCGCCAAAGUGGCUUUUCGAGGCCUCUCCUUCUACACCAGAGUGCUUGAAAAUUGUGAGGAUGAAGCUCCAUUUGAUGAGACAUUCCGGUGGCCAAUUGCUAGCAGUAUUGAUGUUAAUGAGAUGUUGGAAGUUCAGGUGUUCAACUAUAGCAAGGUCUUCUCCAAUAGACUCGUUGGGACAUUCCGGAUGGUCUUGCAGAAGGUGGUGGAAGAAGGACAGCUGGAGGUGACAGACACGCUUAUAGAUGACAACAAUGCGGUCAUUCGGACCAGCAUCUCCAUCGAGAUUAGAUACCACGCCAUGGAUGGCACAGUCGGUGCUUGGAACGACGAGGAAUUCUUGGAGAGUCCCAAUGCACGUUCGGAGGGCGAUCCCUAUGAGACAGAAGGCCUGCUUUCCAGUCACCGGCAAUCUCCCAGCAAGGCCAGCGCUGCAGAGAGGGCUCUCCGGAGGCAGGAAGAAAAUGAGAUGUAUUACCACAGUGAUGAUGAACUUCUGGGCGAGGGAGACACCAUCAGCCAGGGCUCUCUCAAUGCGAGUUUGGGAGAAGAUGGAGAAGACUAUGAAUGCAAACUGUCAGGACUCCAGAAUAAGACCCGUGACGGUUACAAAUCCAUUACCAGCGAUGAGCAUGAAGACUCCAGAGAUAAGGCUAAGGGGAAAGAGAAAAAACACCUCCAUUUGCCAUUCAGCAAAGGCAAAGAGAAGACAAAGGGAGAUCACAAAGCUGGGAAAGGAGUCUUUUCAGCCAUGAAGCUUGGCAAGGCACGUGCUCCAAAGGAUGACCACAGGAAGCAAGAUGAACCGGCUGUUCUGGAAGCUGAAGACCUGGACCGGAAAGCAAUGCGGCUGGGAGGCGGCUUGGAUCCAGACACAAUUUCCCUGGCAUCAGUCACAGCUGUUACCACCAAUGUCUCUAAUAAGAGAUCGAAACCAGAUAUUAAAAUGGAGCCCAGUGCUGGAAGACCCAUGGAUUACCAGGUCAGUGUCACAAUAAUAGAGGCACGGCAGCUGGUGGGACUCAACAUGGACCCCGUCGUAUGCGUGGAAGUGGGGGAGGAAAAGAAAUACACAUCCAUGAAGGAAUCAACUAACUGCCCCUACUAUAAUGAGUAUUUUGUUUUCGACUUCCAUGUUCCCCCAGAUGUCAUGUUUGACAAAAUCCUCAAAUUAUCGGUGAUUCACUCCAAGAACCUGCUGCGCAGUGGAACUUUGGUGGGCUCUUUCAAAAUGGACGUGGGGACUGUUUACUCCCAGCCUGAGCAUCAGUUCUACCACAAGUGGGCCAUUCUGUCCGACCCAGAAGACAUCACAGCAGGCCUGAAAGGUUAUCUGAAGGUUGAUGUUGCUGUGGUGGGCAAAGGGGACAACAUCAAGACACCGCACAAAGCUAAUGAGACAGAUGAGGACGACAUUGAAGGGAACCUGCUUCUUCCAGAUGGCGUUCCUCCAGAAAGGCAGUGGGCUCGUUUCUAUAUCAAGAUUUACCGGGCAGAGGGUCUUCCACGCAUGAACACCAGCAUCAUGGCUAAUGUGAAGAAGGCUCUCAUUGGGGAAAACAAAGAUCUGGUGGAUCCUUAUGUCCAAGUGGUCUUUGCAGGACAGAAGGGGAAGACCUCUGUCCAGAAAAGCAGCUAUGAGCCUCUAUGGAACGAGCAGAUUGUCUUCACAGAGAUGUUCCCCCCACUCUGCAAGAGGAUCAAGGUCCAGAUCCGUGAUUCUGACAAAGUUAAUGAUGUGGCCAUUGGGACCCACUUCAUUGACCUGAGGAAGGUCUCCAAUGAGGGAGACAAAGGUUUCCUGCCCACCUUUGGUCCUGCCUGGGUAAACAUGUAUGGCUCCACCCGCAACUAUACCCUAAUGGACGAACACCAGGACUUGAACGAAGGACUUGGAGAGGGGGUUUCCUUCCGUGCUCGUCUACUCAUCGGCCUGUCAGUGGAGAUCUUAGACACCAGCAACCCUGAGAUCACCAGUUCCACGGAGGUUCAGUUGGAACAGGCCACACCAGUCGCUGAUAACUGUACGGGCAAGAUGGAGGAUUUCUUUCUCUUUGGGUCCUUCCUGGAAGCCACCAUGAUUGACAGAAAGAAUGGAGAAAAGCCAAUCAACUUUGAAGUCACAAUAGGUAAUUAUGGCAAUGAGAUUGAUGGGAUGGCUAAGCCUGUCAUCAAGAAAAAGAAAGAAGGUGGGGCUGGCAGUGAAGAGGCAUCUGAGUUGCUACAAAACUCAAGUGAUGAGGAAGGCAACGAUGAUGAAGAAUUUGUCUCUAUCUCUGUUACUCCACCAAUGAGGCCCUUGAUCACCGACAGGAAUUAUUUCCACUUGCCGUAUUUUGACAAGAAGCCUUGCAUAUACAUCAAGAGUUGGUGGCAGGAUCAGAGAAGGCGUCUCUACAAUGCAAACACCAUGGACAAGAUUGCUGACAAGCUGGAAGAAGGUCUGAAUGACGUGCACGAGAUGAUGAAGACAGAGAAACCCCACCCUGAGCGUCGUCUCCGAGGGGUGCUGGAGGAGUUGAGCAGCGGGUGUCUACGAUUUGUGACCCUCGUCAACAAAGACCAGAACCACUCUUCUCGCACACGCCUGGACAGAGAGAGGCUGAAAUCUUGCAUGAGGGAGCUGGAGACCAUGGGCCAGCAGGCCAAGACCUUGCGGUCCCAGGUGAAGAAAACCACCAUCAGGGAGAAACUGAAACAGUCACAGAACUUCCUACAAAAACUGCGAUUCCUGGCAGAUGAGCCCCAGCACAGCAUCCCGGACAUCUUCAUCUGGAUGAUAAGCAACAAUAAACGCAUUGCUUAUGCCCGCAUCCCUUCCAAGGACCUCCUCUACUCCAUCGUGGAUGAGGAAAUGGGCAAAGACUGUGGGAAAGUGAAGACUGUUUUCCUGAAGCUACCUGGAAAAAAGGGGUUUGGGCCAGCUGGCUGGACUGUGCAGGCCAAAAUGGAGAUCUACUUGUGGCUGGGCCUCAACAAGCAGCGGAAAGACUUCCUCACUGGCCUACCCUGUGGUUUUGAGGAGAGGAAACUGCCCAAAGGACAAGGCAUUCCCUUCUUCCCUCCCAUUGGCCUCCUGUACACCAAGAAGCAGGUCUUCCAGUUGCGAGUCCACAUGUACCAGGCCAGGAGUUUGUUUGCUGCAGACAGCAGUGGUCUGUCCGAUCCUUUUGCCCGGGUCUUCUUCAUCACUCAGAGCCAGUGCACUGAGGUCCUCAAUGAAACUCUUUGCCCUACCUGGGACCAGCUGCUGGUAUUUGACAACGUAGAGUUGUAUGGAGAAGUCCACGAGAUGCGGGAUGACCCUCCCAUUAUAGUCAUUGAGAUCUAUGACCAAGAUACAGUGGGGAAGGCCGACUUCAUGGGCCGAACGUUCGCUAAGCCUGUGGUGAAGAUGUCAGAUGAGGAGUACUGUCCCCCUCGCUUCCCACCACAACUGGAGUAUUACCAGAUUUACAGGGGGAAUUCCACUGCUGGUGACCUGCUGGCCGCUUUUGAGUUGCUCCAGCUUCCAUACAAUGACGAAGAGAUCAGGAGGGCCUUGCUGGCAGCCACCCAUCUUUGCGUGCCUCAGAUCAAGAUUGGCCUAGCUGGGAAGUCGGAUCUGCCUCCCAUUGAUGGCCCUACAGACAUGGACAGGGGCCCCAUCCUGCCAGUGCCUCUGGGUAUCCGUCCCGUAUUGAGCAAAUACAGAGUGGAGAUAUUGUUCUGGGGACUGAGAGACCUGAAGCGUGUGAAUUUGGCCCAAGUGGAUCGGCCUCGAGUGGACAUCGAAUGUGCAGGGAGAGGAGUCCAGUCAUCUCUCAUCCAGAACUACAAGAAAAACCCCAAUUUCAGCACCUUGGUCAAGUGGUUUGAAGUGGAUCUACCUGAAAACGAACUCCUCCAUCCCCCCCUAAAUAUCCGGGUGGUCGAUUGCCGUGCCUUUGGGCGAUACACACUGGUGGGCAGCCAUGCUGUCAACUCCUUGCGCAAGUUCAUCUAUCGGCCUCCGGAUAAGAAGGCCCAGCACUGGAGCACAGCAGCUAAGCUCAUGAAUGCCUACGCGACCCUGGCAAACGGAGGCCCCUGCUCUCAUCCCGCAGGUGAAAUUGUAGUCAAUGUGGAGCCUGAGGUUCCCAUCAAGAAAAUGGAAACUAUGGUGAAGCUGGAAGCGAACUCUGAUGCAGUUGUUAAGGUGGACGCGUCAGAAGAAGAGAAGGAGAAAAAGAAGAAAAAGAAGAAAGGCGCCGCUGAAGAAAUUGAAGAUGAUGAACCUGAUGAGAGCAUGCUGGACUGGUGGUCCAAGUAUUUUGCUUCCAUAGAGACAAUGAAGGAGCACCUUCGUCAGUUGGAAGCAGCUGCAGCAGAGGCCGAGGAGAAGGAAGAAAUGGACAUGACAGAGGAAAUCAAACUUGAUGACUCUCCCAUGAAAGGCACCAAGGGCCAAGGGAAAUCCAAGGAGAAAAUGAAGCUGCCCAAAGAGGACAAGAAGAAGAAACAGCAGCAGCAGCAGCAGACUCAGCAACUAGAAGUCCUCGAGAAGAAGAACAAGCAGAAGAUCGAUGAGCUGAAGGUGUAUCCCAAAGAGCUGGAAACGGAAUUUGACAACUUUGAGGACUGGCUGCACACUUUCAACCUCUUGCGCGGGAAGAUUGGUGAUGACGACGACAACGCUGCUGACGAGGAGCGCAUAGUGGGCAGGUUCAAGGGCUCUAUGUGUGUGUACAAAGUGCCGCUCCCUGAUGAUAUCACCAAGGAGGCUGGAUACGACCCAAAUUUCGGCAUGUUCCAGGGAAUCCCAAGCAAUGAUCCCAUCAACGUGCUGGUCCGGGUCUACGUUGUUCGGGCCACUGAUCUGCAUCCUGCUGAUAUCAAUGGGAAAGCUGAUCCCUAUGUUGUCAUUAAGCUGGGAAAGACGGACAUCAAGGACAAAGAGAACUACAUCUCCAAACAGCUGAACCCGGUCUUUGGAAAGUCAUUUGAUAUUGAGGCUACAUUCCCCAUGGAAUCCAUGCUGACCGUGGCUAUCUAUGACUGGGACUUGGUGGGCUCCGAUGAUCUGAUUGGCGAAACAAAGAUAGACUUGGAGAAUCGAUACUACAGCAAACACAGAGCAACCUGCGGUAUCUCCACGACCUAUUCCAUUCAUGGUUACAACAUUUGGCGAGACCCCCAAAAGCCCACUCAGAUCUUAUCCAAGCUAAGUAAAGAGGGGAAACUUGAUGGCCCCCAUUAUGGUCCUGGUGGCAGAGUAAAGGUCACCAACCGGGUCUUCACUGGCCCUACAGAACUGGAGGAUGAAAAUGGUCAGAAGAAACAGACAGAUGAGCAUCUGGCACUGACGGUGUUGCACCACUGGGAAGAUAUCCCCCGUGUCGGCUGCAAGCUUGUACCUGAGCACGUGGAAACACGCCCCUUGCUCAACCCUGACAAGCCAGGCAUUGAACAGGGUCGACUGGAGUUGUGGGUGGACAUGUUCCCCAUGGACAUGCCAGCACCAGGCCCCGCCAUUGACAUCUCGCCAAGGAAGCCAAAGAAGUAUGAGCUGCGGGUAAUUAUCUGGAACACCGAUGAGGUGGUCCUGGAAGAUGAUGCUUUCAUGACGGGAGAGAAGAUGUCAGACAUCUAUGUCAGGGGGUGGCUGAAGGGGCAACAGGAAGACAAGCAGGACACUGACGUCCACUACCACUCCCUGACAGGGGAGGGCAACUUCAACUGGCGCUAUAUCUUUCCUUUUGACUACCUAGCAGCUGAGGAGAAGAUUGUCAUCUCUAAGAAAGAGUCUAUGUUCUCCUGGGACGAGACCGAGUACAAGAUACCGGCCCGACUCACGCUACAGGUGUGGGAUGCCGACCACUUUUCUGCCGAUGACUUCCUUGGAGCUAUUGAGCUUGACCUGAACCGCUUUCCCCGUGGCGCUAAGACAGCCAAACAGUGCAGCCUGGAGCUGGGAACCGGCGAGGCAGAAGUGCCCAUGAUUUCCAUCUUCAAGCAGAAGAGGGUGAAGGGCUGGUGGCCCUUCUUGGCAAGAGACGAGAACGAUGAAAUUGAGAUCACGGGCAAAGUGGAAGCUGAGCUGCAUCUUCUGACAGCCGAGGAAGCCGAGAAAAGUCCGGCCGGGCUGGCUCGUAACGAGCCCGACCCAUUGGAGAAACCCAACCGGCCAGAUACCAGCUUCAUCUGGUUCCUGAACCCUCUCAAGUCUAUCCGCUACUUUAUCUGGCACAAGUAUCGUUGGCUCCUGCUGAAAAUUCUUCUCCUCGUUCUCUUGCUCCUUCUGGUUGGCCUCUUCCUUUACUCCAUGCCCGGCUACCUGGUCAAGAAACUUCUUGGGGCCUGAGUGGGCCUGGCUCUUUGCCCAGGUCGUCCGGAUACAUCCUUCAUCUGGUUCCUGAACCCCCUCAAGUCUAUCAAGUACCUCAUCUGCACCCGUUACAAAUGGCUCAUCAUCAAGAUUGUCCUGGCCCUCCUGCUGGUCAUCAUGGUGG